CGACGGUCGCGGGCAAAGCAACAUGUCCGUCCAAUGAAACGUCAGGAACUACCGGCGAAUUUCGGCAAACUCGACCGUUCGGAUUAAAAGAACCAUGAAAUAAAUUUCGGGGUUGAAACGUGUGUCUCGGGCUUACGGGGAAGGCUUUCACCGAACUCGGGGAGUCGUCGCGGCACCGCGACACUCGAUGAAGAAGCUUCUAAUCAAACCUGCGAGCCGACGAAACUUUCGCGGAGCCGCUCUCUCUCUCCCACGAGAAACUUGGAAAAGUGCAUGUCCGGCCGAUUUCCAGCAAGUUCCCGCGAAACAUUCCCACGCACGCUGGUGAACGGCUCGGACGUGUCGGUGUUCCGCCUACCAUGAAAUCGAAGCUGACAUUUUCGAAAUUGUUCGUCGCGAUGACAAUGGAACCAUAAGGAUUACGAUGGAGACGACAAGCGAGGACAAAGCGAACCAAUCCGCCAGCAAACCGGCCCCGUUGAUUAACCUGGAAAAGAAGGAGAGCUCCGUGAAUCCGUACAAUCCGUACGAGCAGCCGGUCCCGGAGAGAAUGAACACGAAAUGUUCGGUUGCGGGGUCGGAUGACAAUGAGAUCAGCGCUGUUAACAGCCUGCCGCAACUCGACUGCGGCGCGUUCCCGAAAUCGUACAUGGACACGUGUUCCUGCUGCCCCCGGGAGAUGGACUUUGACAACAACUACCACUGCACAAACAGCAGUUACAGGAGCGUGGUCGUCAAAGACGGCGAUUGCUGCAAAGCACACUGGCUGAGACGAGAGGGUUACGAGAAAAUUAAGGCGACCGUCAACAAGGCUGUCAAGAGACACAAAAUAUUUCUGAUACGGGGCGAGCUGCCGAAACUGAAGGAAGCUCUGGAGAGGCGAGGCUGGGUUCAGAAAUACGAAGCCACAAAAACAAGAAACCUGCCUUACGGUAGCGUGGCCAGCCUGGAAGCGAGAUCAUUGGGUGAUCUGACCACUGCGGAUGGAACGUUAAACGAGAAAGCGGUGAUCUUCGCUUUAUUACGUCACAAAUCGCCGGACUUUAUAUGGGACUGCCGGAACGACUUCGUCGACUGGCACCGGAGCCUCGGCAGUAACACCCUGCUCAACAGAUAUCAGAAACCAUCCGUUUACACAUCCAAGUUAGGAAUGGCUCGCGUGCUGGAAGAGGCGCACUGGCUGUACGAGAAAGACGUGUCGAGCGUGCUGUUCCCUCGGAGCUACAACCUGAGCAGAGAGCCGAAACUCUUUCUCGAGGACUUUCGAGUGACCGCGGCCGCCGGCCUGUUGAAGUGGUUCGUCCAAAGAAUGCAAGACGAACGGGAGCUAGCGGCCGAGCACGGGCAACGUACGAUUCCGAUGAGUCGGUUGGAAUGCGCCAUAAAACGCUGCGAGGAAUUUAUCGCUUGCGCGAACCACCAAAACAUAGAUGAAGACUUUGUCGCGGAGCUUUCCGAGGAUGACUGGAAUUCCUUCUUGGACGAUUACACGACUGCCGUUCACGACGGCGGCGGAAUCGAGUACACGUCCGAGAAGAGCCGACACCAUUUACAAAGAUACUACGACGUGGCGAGGUCGACUCUAGCGAAACUGAAGGAAGUGGAUCCGCAGUACGAACUGAACGGGAUGAGGAACAUGUGGAUCCUGAAGCCGAGCGAGCUUUGUUGCGGCACCGGGAUAAGCAUAUCCCACAAUUUCAAAGAUAUAUUCCGCAAGGUAAAAUCCAGACCGAAGGAUUACUUCAUCGUGCAGAAAUACAUUGAGCGUCCGCUGUUGAUUCACGACACGAAGUUCGACAUAAGACAGUGGUACUUGGUCACCAGCACUUUUCCUCUCACCAUAUGGCUGUUCAAGGAGGGUCUGCUUCGGUUCAGCUCGAAGCCCUACACUUUCUCGACUUAUCACGAAGCGAUUCAUAUCUGCAAUACCGCCAUUCAAGAGAAGUACGACGAGGAGAGGCGGCGAAGGAGGAAACGCGGAUAUUCGGAGGAAGUCGUAAAAUCGGUUCGCGAUCAAGGAUGGGACUGCGAGAAGCUGAACGAAUAUUUAAAGCAAAUAGGUCUGGACGGCGAGCCGUACUACGACAGGAUCUACCCGAAGAUGGCCGAGGCCAUAGUUCUAACGAUGCUGGCAUCCCAGGAGCACAUGGACAGAAGGCGAUGCAGCUUCGAGCUGUACGGGGCAGAUUUCGUGGUGAUGGAGGACCUUUCCGUCUGGCUGAUCGAGAUCAACACGAAUCCCAGGAUGCACCCGCCCAGCUCGAGAAUUACCAAGCGCCUCUAUUCCAGUGUCCUCCAUAGCUUGGUUAAAGUGAUAAUGGACGUGCCUGUGAACGCGACGGCCGACACGGGCGGCUUCAGCCUCGUGUACAAGCAGAGCAUACCCGACUUUCGACCUUACCUCGGCCCCUGUCUGUUCGUCUUCGGCAAGUCGAUUACGUUGCAAGAGCACCCGCGGAAACGGGAGAAAAAGAAGGGCAAGCCGGGCAGCGGCUGGCCGAAACCGCCGCAACAGCAACACCAGCAACAGCACCGUGCAUGGACCGCUCCACCUAUGAUGCCACGCAUGAGAGAACCGCAAAUAGUUGACUUCAUCGACUACUUGAAUACCGCCCGUUGCACCGCGGCCAACUGAUACGAGCACUCGCAUUCGCACUUGUGCAGCCGUGCGGGCGCGCGCGCGUGCAUCGCUGCACUCGGCCGACCGUUUCCGGUCGAUAGUUGGUAAUCUAAAACGCGUGGAUUCGGUAAAACUCGGCCGAUCUACGCGACGCGACUCUGUUAAUUGGCAAACGAGAGAACACCAAUGAUAUCGCUUCGUGGCGCGGAUCUGUUUCGCGCGAAGACGCGAGCGAUCGCGUUUAACACCCUGGCACACUUCAAAAAUCGUCGUCCUAACAGCACUUCGUGGUCGUACGGUUUCUUCGAGUUGCCAAAAUCUGAUGGAAACGACGACGCGCUUUCUUCGAAUACAAGAUUUUGACGGAUAGAUCUUUGAAUAUGAUCGACUGCCGGAUCAUCGCGGUUCGAGCGGACGCUCGGACUUGCAAGGAACACCUGGUAAGUGUCCGCUUCUAAUUUCAAAUCGUUUUCAUACAUGUUGUAGCACUCGAUAUACUAAGCGACACGUGUUUCUGUUUAUACAUCGACGGUGAUUCGGUAGAAAGUGGUGAGAAACCACUUCCGAAAGUUUAGCGCGAGACAUUAAAAAUUAAGAGGUAUCACCCCUUUGUACCGAAUUACCGCCGAUAUAAAAAACAAAAAACACGCGCCGCUUAGUUUUUCGAGCACCACGACACAUGUGAAAACGGAUGAGAACGGAGGGGGACGCUUACCCGGUGCUCCUUGUUAAUCCCAAGCAAUUAGAAGCACAGCUGACUUGCUUUUUUUCCCGCGCGGUCGCAAGCUGGCCGGUGAAGAUCGCGUUAGUUUCAACUGCGGUGGCGAGGCAACGGCGAAUUUUGUUCCCGAGUUUGUCAGGGUUCGAGAACGUUGGUUGCUCGCUCGUAUUUCACCGGUUUUUGUUGGCCGGCACCAGCACGCUUUGCCUUUCCCCGGAAAAGUCGGCUGCACCGCGGUGUGUAAUUAAUGGCCGCGAGAUAGACGAAGUAAUUAACGUUGUCAUUAGGCGGUCGUCGUCGCUGCGUCGACGUUUCUUUCGGCAAGCUCCUGGCGGAAACGGCGGGCCGACUGAAUGCGCUCGCGGGAGAGUCGAUCAAGGGAACUCCUACUCGCUCUUGCCGCUCGCGCGCGAAACUCUUUCGCGCGGGCAGUUAGCACGACUCGUGCUGCUCGCGUCGACAGGCGUGGGUGCUUCGUUGAGUGGGGCAGGUCAGAGAGACCGCGGCCGCGAAAUAGCGCGAUCGAAGGAGGGGGCGAGAAAACAAGAAAGAGUAACGGCGGAGUGACGGCCUCGUGACACGGAUCAGAAACGAAGUCGGAAAGAUAAAGACAAUCGUUUUAUUGAUAUGUACAUACAAUAAAUUUAUUUACAAAUAAUACAAUAAAUUUAGACGUCGUAA